UCGCGGGCCUCGCCGGCUCCGCAUCGGCUCCCGGUGCGGGAGCGGAGUGGAGCGAAGCGGCUGAGCUGGCAACAUCCUAGGAGCUGGCAGGAGAUCUGCACUCUCAGAGGCACCUGCCUGCUGUGAUGGAACUCAGGAAAGAAGGGGCAGUCGCUGGUUCUUUGACAUCCCAUCACCUGCAGGCAAACAAAAGUGCCACGGGCCCCUCACAAACCCAGCUCCAGUUCAGCCUGAAGGUGCCUGCCCUGCUUGAGAACAUGCCUGCCCGCUACACCACCCCCUGUCCCAUUAUCAUAGAGAAGUUGCCGCAGUCGGAGGGCUGGCAGGAUCAAGGGGCCGGCAGUAGACUGGGUCCCUCCAACUCUGUGGAGUUUUCUGUUGUCUCUGAAGAGGAGCUCAAUCGGGCUAUGCUGCUGGCCAGGAGGGAUGUCAAGCGAAAGCAUCUGAAGGAGCAAGUGAAGCUGCACCAGCUCAAGAGAGAAGAGUCCAGGCCAGCUGCAGGGCGAAACAGCUCCCGGGCCCUUCUGAGCACUGAGUGCCAGCUUGACGACUAUUCCCAGAUGGAGACGAUGGGCUCUGGAGCCAAAGUCUUCCUCUACGCACCCACUCAGGUCAAGUCAGACCUUUCUCUAUCUGAUUCACCCCCCACACGUGAUCCGGGCCUUGGGCCGCCCACACAAGUCCCCAGAAAGGAGGAGGACCAAAGCAGCCUGGAAGUCAGGCGACUGCAGAAAGAACUUCAGAAGUACAUCCAGAAAAUCGAACAGCUGGCAAGGAAAGAGAGAAGCGAGACAGUGUUGGAUCCGGAUGAAGAGCACCGCAUCCGUGUCCGGAGGCAGGAACAAGCCGUACGCUCUGCCCGCAUGCUCUAUGUGCUUCAACAACAGGUCAAAGAAAUCCAGGAAGAUCUGGAAAAGCUAAGUCCUCAUAAAAUCAAGCACACAAAGAAGUCGCGAGCCAUGGCCAGACUGGCAGCAGCCCACAGAGGGGCCGUCCGGGCCCUGCAGACAUUUGUCACCCACUGUGCUGACCAGCCGGAGCAGCAGCCGGCUCUUGGCCACUGCAGGGAACUGGGCAACCUUGUCCGGCAGCUCUCGCUCUGCUCCGCCCGCCUUGAGAUGGACUCCUGCAUGCCCGACAUCAUCAUGGACCUGCUGCUGCAAAUAGAGGACCUGGACUGUCUGCUGGCCCAGAAGACAUCUAAGAGAGGGCCAAAAUGGCUGUCUCCCUCUCAGGCUGACCUGGUGAAGGGCCCUGCCAGGCUGCCAAGGAGAGAGAAGAAAACGUCUGCCUCAGAGCUGAGGAAGCCACCAGUGGCCAGGAAGCUUCUCCCUGAUCCACUUGUGGAACCUGACGAGAUCCUGGUGCCACAGAGGAGAAGUGGUUCCAGUUGCACCAGGGGCAGGGAGGGGCCGUCUCCUCUGGACCGCAGCGCAGCUGCACAAGCCAGGAGCAAGGCCGUGGCGCGAACCCAGCCCACGAAGCAAGGCGCAGGCCUCGAGAGCGGCCCCCUGCAGAAGCGUGGCGUCCAGCUUUCCACCAGACCACAGGGGAGUGGUCAGCCUCACAGGACAAAAGUGGCUCAGCCUUUAGUCAAGCAGGCCCGGUUCCAAGAGCCCACCAUUGCUUUCCAGCUCAAGGAGAUGAAGCCACCUGUCCGAGAGAGCCAGUCCCCUUGGGUGCCUCCCGGCCUUACUUCUCCCCUGGCCUUGCCUCAGCGGCACACAGAGAAAGGCUGCAGAAGCAGAAAUCCUUCUCAAGGGCAAGAGGCAUUGGGAGAGGGAGCCCCAGGCACCAUGAAAAAGGAAGUGCUCAGAGCUGAGGGUACCUCGCCGACCCAGAGACUGGAGAAGAGUAGACAAGCUGUUCAGGAAUUCCUGGAGCCUCUCUUGGCAAAAGCUCAGGCGAAUCUCUCCUUGAAGCCUCUGCUGGACAAUUCACAGGAACCCCAGGAUGCUGGAAAGACUGCUGAUGGUUUGAACUGUGAUGAGAAUGCAGAAUUCGAAGCUGUUCCUGUGCUCAGCUCCUCUGAUCUGGAGUUGAUGCUGCAAAGGAUGGAGGAAAUUGAGCGCUCCCAAGAGGCCGUGCACAGGCGCUACACCCAGGUGGCUUACUCAGACCCUGAAUUCUGGACUCGGGACAAGAGGAAGGGGAGAGAGUGUGCAGUGGGAGGCCAAGAGCUGGCACUUCCUCCUCCCAUCCAGAUAAAGAAGCUGGAUAGUCUCAAAGAACUGCAAGUGGAUAUUGUUCUAGAAAGACCCUUGGACACCAAUGCUGUGGAGGGAGACAUGGAAACAGUGGAGGAGCCCCGGCCUGGGACUCCGCUUCCUUCCACAUGGCACCUUCGCCCCCAGAAGUGGGCUGGCACCUUCCUCUCCGUCCCCAAGAAUAUGCUUCAGAGCAUCUGCGAUUACCAGGCGUGCUACAUGCAGCACCUGAAGGGCAUCUCUCACGAGGCAGUGGAGAACUUCAACCCGUGGCUGAUCGCAGAAAGCCUGGCAGAGCAGCUGACAGAGGAGGCUGUGCAAGACGUGGCGGCUGAGUUGCACGGGCUGUGCGAGGACUAUGCGGAGACCGUUUUCACGGCCGAGUUCUUGUGAGCUGCUGCACACGCAGUGCUUUUUCUCUACCCAUGCCGGGGAGCUGCCAGCCUGAAGAACUGGCCAUGGCCGCGGUUCCAGUGGAAGAGACUCUGUCUUCUGUGUCUAAUCUUCACACAAGAAGCAUCUCAGGGAGGGGAUUUGAAUGCUCUCAAGUGGCUUCCCAUGAGCCUUUGGGAGAGAAGCAGCAGAAACAUGGCCGUCCCCAUCUGGCAGCUGUGGCUCCAAGCAGCCAUUCCAGCCAGCAGCUGCCCAGGGUGCUGCCACCAUCAUUCUGGUCUCUGGCUUUGCGACUGUACCCCUAAGUGACCGGGGCUUCCUUGAGACAGGGGCCUGCUCUCCCUUCUCUGUGCUGGAUUCAGCCUGCUGGAGCAGCCCGGUUCUGCCGUGGGCAGCAGGCCCUGGCGCCCACUGGGGAGCCCCUUCUGGGCAAGAGGAGCCCCCUCCCAUCACAUGGCUAGUGGCCUGUGAGCCUCUGGGACAAGCCCAGGGUGCGCAUCCAGGGGGCCUGGCAUGUGUUGUCUUGGGGUCUGUGCUGGAAGGCCGCUCUUUGCCCUGCAGUACCACUACACGCUUCCCCCCUGCUGCGCCUGGGUUCCUCCUGCCUCGUGUCCUUUCCUGCAGGAGGGAAGGGAGGUCCUGUGGAAGCCGCUGCUGAACCGCCCCUCUGAGCACUGUGUGGUUUCUGAGGUGAUGAUGCUGAGCAUUUUCCUGAAGGUCAAUACUUUUAAAAUAAACAGUAGAGCGUUCUUUUUAAUUGCAUGAUUUUAGAACCUCUUUUUGUAUCAAGGUAAUAUUUUUGACAUGGUGGAAAGUUUUGUACAGUAAAUCAGUAAAUUUAAUGAGUUGUUUUCUAAAGAUGAAAGAACCUCAAUUUAUUAAAUAAGUUUCUUUCGAUA